AUGAUUGAAACUAGCAGCGCGGAUACCGCAACUGUUGCAACAAAAGCUGCAGCCCCGGACGUAACACAAGAGGAUGAUGACAUCGCUCGACCUGAAGCGACGUUCCGUUUUACAGUGCAGAAUAUAAGUCAGCUGAAAGAACAAGUGCUGUCACCAGCUUGCUACGUGAGAUGUCUUCCGUGGAAGAUAUUAAUACUCCUCAGAAAUACUACGACUCCAGACCGUCAGCAGCAGAAAGCUUUAGGAGUCUUUCUCCAAUGCAACGGAGAGUGUGAUUCCCCUGGAUGGUCAUGCUAUGGGCUUGGAGAAUUAAAACUGAUGUCUCACAAACCUGAUGGCAGCCAUCUAUGCAGAAAACUGCAUCAUAUGUAUCACUGCAAAGAAGAUGAUUGGGGAUUCGCACAUUUCAUAUCCUGGGAUGAUUUGAUGGAUCUUGAAAACGGUUUUGUUAAGGACGAUGCAAUAACUAUAGAAGCCCACGUUAUAGCUGAAGCCCCUCAUGGUGUGUCAUGGGAUUCGAAGAAACAUACAGGAUUUGUAGGUCUCAAGAACCAGGGAGCCACAUGCUAUAUGAACUCAUUACUACAAACACUCUUCUUCACAAACGUCUUACGUAAAGCUGUGUAUAAGAUACCGACUGUCGGUGACGACAGUUCACGAUCUGUCGCCUUCGCCCUGCAGCGUGUGUUUUACGACUUACAAUUUGCCGAUAAGCCUGUCGCCACCAAGAAACUAACAAAAAGUUUUGGCUGGGAAACUCUUGACUCAUUUAUGCAACAUGAUGUACAAGAAUUCUUAAGGGUACUUCUAGAUAAGUUGGAAAACAAAAUGAAAGGAACAGUGGUGGAAGGUACUGUCCCAAAGUUGUUUGAAGGAAAGAUGACGUCAUUCAUAAAGUGCAAAAAUGUAAACUGUACAAGCACGCGUGUGGAAACUUUCUACGAUAUACAGCUCAGCGUGAAGGGGAAAAAUAAUAUCUAUGAGUCUUUUAAAGACUACAUCAGCACGGAGCUUUUGGAAGGCGAGAACAAAUACGACGCUGGCGAACACGGGCUACAAGAAGCAGAGAAAGGAGUACGGUUCGACGUAUUCCCACCAGUGUUACAUCUGCAUCUAAUGAGGUUUCAAUAUGAUCCACAGAGUGAUGCUUCCAUCAAGUUUAAUGACAAGUUCGAGUUUUAUGAAGAAAUAAAUCUCGACCAGUAUUUACAAGAGAUACCGUCGAUACCGGCCCAUUACACGUUACACGCCGUCCUUGUUCACUCGGGAGACAACCACGGAGGGCACUAUGUUGUAUUCAUUAACCCCAGAGGCGAUGGAAAGUGGUGCAAAUUUGAUGACGACGUAGUGUCACGGUGUAGCAAACAAGAAGCGAUAGAGUACAACUUCGGAGGCAAAGAGGAUGCGCCUUACCUCGCGCGUCGUGCCACUAGCGCCUACAUGCUUAUUUACAUACAGACAUCACAAUUGAAGUACGUGUUACAAGAGUGCACAGAGGCGGACAUACCGACAGACCUGUGCGAGCGCAUCAGCGAAGAGAUGCGAUACGAGAUGGUAAGAACAUGCGGCAGAAAAAUAAGAUGCAGGAAAUUUAAAUCUGAUACGUCUGUCACCUCUGCCAAGUACUACGCGAAGAUUUUCAGCGCACUAAAACAGUUCUUCACUUUGCAGGCCCUAGCCGGCUCUAAAUAUAAAGGAAGAUAA